CUAUAGUACUUAUAAUUUCCGUGACAUUAACUAUUACAGUACUUUAGUAUAAAUAACAACACCAAUCUUUAUGUCAAUUAGUUAGCAUCAAGCAUCGAUCAAAAAAAGAAGCUCAUAACAAUAUGGCUGCUUUGAAGAUGACUAUCUCUUGUUUCGUCUUUCUUCAAGUACUAUCGUGCUUGCUCUCUUCAUUUGCUCCAACCAAUGCUCAAGGAUUGAAAGUUGGGUUCUACGACAAGUUAUGCCCGAAAGCCGAGCUUAUUGUCAAGAAGUCUAUCUUCGAGGCAAUGAAGAAGGAUCUAACACUUGGAGCUCCUUUGCUAAGAAUGUUCUUCCACGAUUGCUUCGUUCGGGGGUGCGAGGGCUCGGUCUUGCUAGAUCUAAAGAACAAAAAAGAUGAGAAAAACGCAAUUCCUAACCUCUUCCUUCGAGGGUUUGAGAUCAUAGACGAUGCCAAGGCAGCUCUAGAAAAGGAGUGUCCGGGCAUUGUUUCCUGCUCUGAUGUAUUGGCUCUUGUCGCUAGGGAUGCGAUGGUUGCGCUCAAUGGACCGUCGUGGGAGGUUGAAACAGGAAGAAGAGAUGGUCUGGUUACAAACAUCAAUGAGGCCCUAUCAAACCUACCAUCACCAUUUAAUAAUAUCAGUAGCCUUAUCACCCAAUUCAAUUCCAAAGGCCUCAACAAAAAAGACCUCGUUGUGCUUUCAGGUGGGCACACAAUUGGGAACGGACACUGUCCUCAAAUCACAAACCGGCUCUACAAUUUCACAGGAAAAGGAGAUAGUGAUCCAAGCUUAGACACGGAAUACGCGGCCAGCCUCAGAAAAAUAUGCAAGCCAACGGAUACGACGACGGCUUUAGAAAUGGAUCCAGGAAGCUUUAAAACGUUCGAUGAAAGCUACUUCAAGCUUGUGUCUCAAAGGAGAGGCCUGUUUCAAUCCGAUGCAGCUCUUUUAGACAAUCAAAAAACAAAGUCUUAUCUUCUCAACCAAAUGAAAAGUGAUAGGUCUACUUUCUUUAAAGACUUUGGUGUCUCUAUGGUAAAGAUGGGUCGGAUUGGGGUUUUAACAGGUAAGGCUGGCCAAAUUCGCAAGAAUUGCAGAAUGGUUAACAAAUAAAGUCACAGAUGUGUUUUUGUGAGAUUGUGUUGUUAUAUUACUGGUGUUUUUUUUUUUCCUAAAUAAAUAAUAUGUGAAUUAAACAUAUUGUUGAAAAGUCUGCCAUUAUUUAUGGAGCAAUAUUAAGAGUCUCGAACUCUUUUAAUU